AUGUGGAAUACCGUGGGUGCAAUUGUGUACAUUUUUGGCGGUUGUUGCUCGAACGUCCUGACUCUAGAGAGCAUUAUUGAUCAGCAAACGAAUCGCGUGGGUAGCCUACUUACCUUUUGCCAGUUCGCAGUGGCAUCAAUAGAGGGCUUGUACAACUUCCUCGAUUACAGUUCACGAAUUCCUCGUUUGAGGACUCCUAAAGUACCUCUAAAAGUAUAUGUAUUGAUGGUCAUCCUUUACUAUACAAGCUCUGUGACAAAUAAUAGUGUUUUCCAAUAUGGAAUUUCGGUGCCCCUGCAUAUUGUAUUUCGAUGUUCUGGAACGGUUAUAACCAUGAUAAUGGGCUGGUUGCUAGCUGGUAAGCGCUACUCAGUCAUGCAAGUUUUCUCAGCCUCCCUAAUGACCAUUGGUGCCAUCAUAACGACGCUUUUUAAAGACAGAGAGUUCUCCAAAGAGACUACAAUCCAAAAAAUGCUAGGAAAUGUCUCAUCAAGUGCAGACAGUAAGUUUCUAGUCGGCAUUUCAAUGCUUUUUAUCUCAUCCAUAGCAUCAUCAACCCUGUCUAUAUGCAAUGAAUGGUCAUACCGGAAGUACGGCAAGCAUUGGAAGGAGAGUCUGUUUUAUACACAUGCAUUAGCGUUGCCAUUAUUUUUCCUAGAUUACAAAGAAUUGUACCAAGAAUUCUGGUCGUUUGUUUCUCAAAGACCCUCGGCUAUCACAUUGCUUGGACAUACAUUUCGAUUGAGCAAGCUAAAUCUGCUUGCCGCUAAUAUCAUAACUCAACACAUCUGCGUAAGGGGAGUUAAUUUACUUGCCUGCUAUACCAGCGCGGUGACACUCUCUACAGUCCUCCUCGCUAGGAAGGUAAUCAGCCUAUUACUGAGCGUUCAUUUGUUUGGUGGUACUUUUUCCACAACUGGUUACGUAGGAAUCAUUAUUGUCCUUUUGGGAACUUUGAUUUAUGUUUUGAAUCCAAAUGAUAAUGCAGUAGGAAGUAAGAGGAGGACUACAUAA